AUGUCGAGGGUUAACAGAGAGAAAUUAGAAAGGACUUUGAAGAGAAGGUUUUUCUACACACCUUCUUUUGAGAUAUAUGGUGGUGUCUCAGGUUUAUAUGAUUUGGGGCCUCCCGGUUGCCAGUUGCAGAAUAACUUAAUUCAACUUUGGCGGGAACAUUUUAUUAUGGAGGAAAACAUGCUUCAAGUUGAUGGGUCUAUGCUAACCCCUUACGAUGUGCUGAAGACCUCUGGGCAUGUAGAUAAAUUUACAGAUUGGAUGUGUCAAAAUUCAAAGACCGGAGAAUAUUAUAGGGCAGAUCACUUGAUCGAACAAACGCUGAAGAAAAGGCUACUCGACAAGAAUACUGAUCCACAUGACGUUAAGAAUAUAGAGAAUAUUUUGGUUACACUUGAUGGAUUUACAGGUUCUGAGCUGAAUCGUAUCAUGCAAAAAUAUAGAAUACAUGAUCCAGUCACUAACGAUGUACUGGGCCCACUGGCUGCAUUCAACUUGAUGUUCCAAACAAAAAUUGGAGCUUCAGGACAGUUAAAAGCUUUUUUAAGGCCAGAGACCGCACAAGGGCAGUUUCUCAAUUUCAACAAAUUACUGGAUAUUAAUCAAGGGAGGAUUCCGUUUGCAUCUGCUUCCAUUGGGAAAUCAUUCAGAAACGAAAUAUCUCCCAGGAGUGGGCUAUUGAGGGUUAGAGAAUUUUUAAUGGCAGAAAUUGAACAUUUUGUUGAUCCAUUGAAUAAGUCGCAUGAAAAAUUCAAUCAGGUAUUAGAUGAAGAAAUUCCAUUACUAUCACGCAGAUCACAGGAAAGUGAUGAAUCUAUCCCCGUGAGAAUGACUAUUGGGGAGGCAGUGAAAUCUGGAGUGGUAGAAAAUGAAACUCUAGGUUAUUUUAUGGCAAGAGUUCACAAAUUUUUGUUGAAAGUUGGUAUUAACAGGAACAAGUUUAGGUUUCGCCAACAUUUAAGCAAUGAAAUGGCACACUAUGCAACUGAUUGCUGGGACGGUGAAAUAUUGACGACCUAUGGUUGGAUUGAAUGUAUAGGCUGUGCCGACAGAGCAGCAUUCGAUUUAACAGUACAUUCGAAGAAAACAGGGAGAAGUUUGACGGUGAAGCAGAAACUAGAUACGCCAAAGGAAAGAACCGAGUGGGCCCUAGAAGUGAACAAGAAACUUUUUGGGUCAAAAUUUAAACAAAAAGCAAAAGUAAUCGAAUCCAUUUUAUCAAAUUUCUCGCAAGAUGAAUUGAUCAGUAAGCAUGAAGAACUGAAUAAGAGUGGUAAAUUUUCUUGUCAAAUAAAUGAUGAGGUUGUGGAGCUCGACAAGAGUCUGAUCACCAUUAAAAUGAAGUCAACUUUGCAGCAUGUAAGAGAGUAUAUUCCUAAUGUGAUUGAACCAUCGUUUGGUUUAGGCCGUAUUAUAUACUGCAUAUUUGACCAUUGUUUCCAAGUACGGGCGGAUAAUGAGGCAAGAACUUUCUUCUCCUUUCCAUUACAAAUAGCGCCAAUAAAAGUUUGCAUCGCGACAAUAUCGAAUAACAGUAACUUCCCCAGUAUAGUUAAAAAAAUCUCUCAGAUUCUACGUAAAAAAGAGAUAUAUUUCAAAACUGACGAUUCCAAUACGUCAAUUGGUAAAAAAUACGCCCGCAACGAUGAGUUGGGUGCGCCCUUUGUGAUCACCAUAGAUUUUGAAACUAUGAAAGAUGAUUCCGUGACACUGAGAGAAAGAAAUUCUAUGAAACAGGUAAGAGGUUCUAUUGAUGAUGUGAUAUCAGUUAUCGACAGAAUGACCCACAAUCCCGAAGCAAAGUGGGAAAAUUCAACACUUCAACUCUCCCCCAUAAAAAUCUAA